AUGAAUAGCUUAGAAAAUAAAGUGGCUGUAGUGACGGGCGGAGCUAAUGGUAUUGGGGCUGAAAUCGUUAAGGCAUUUUUACGUGAAGGUGCAAAGGUAAAAAUUUUAGAUAUCAAUGAAAACGCGGCAAAUGAUUUGGUUAAAAAAUUGGCGGGAAAGCAUGGAAAAGAUAGAAUACAGUUUAUAAAAUGUGACGUUAGUAAGGAGGAUCAACUACUGGACGCAUUCGAAAAAAUCACAAAGGAGUUCGAUUAUAUUGAUGUUAUAAUCAAUAAUGCUGGAAUAGCGGAUGAAUCAUUUGAAAUGUAUAAAAAAGAAAUCGAUUUGAAUUUCACUGCAGUUAUAACUUCAUCAAUAAGAGGUAUCGAGUUUAUGCGUAAGGACAAAGGUGGUAGAGGAGGCACCAUCAUCAAUGUAUCCUCCAUCAGUGGUCUUUUGAGAAUAUCUCCUGGUCUUUUCUUAUACGGCGCUAUCAAGAAUGCUUUGGUCUACUUUGGAAGCUCUAUUGGCAUGAAAGAAUAUUAUUCCAGAACCAACGUGAGAGUGAUCACAAUUUGUUUCGGAGUCACGCAGUCAAAUAUAAUGUUGACUACAAAAAGCUUUGAUGAACAGAUAAAUCGCGAUGGUGAACAAAUUAUGCGAAAUAUUGCUUUAAGAAGUCCUGUCCAACCUGCGGAAGUAGCAGCUAAGGGAGUAGUAGAAAGUUUCACAAAUGGUGAAAGUGGAAGCGUCUGGCUUGUGAACAAUGGAAGAAUUUGCGAUAUAACUGACAAUAUAGACCAAGCUUUUGAAGUUAUGGCUGAAAAAAUAAACAUUUGA